AUGACCUGUGAUAGGAAGAAUUCAAAACGUAGUGUACUUCAGACAGCUUCGAAGUUAUUUGAUCCUAUGGGAAUUGCAUCACCUUUUAUUGUUCUCAUAAAAUUAUUAAUGCAAGAAAUAUGGGAACUUGGUUUAGGAUGGGAUGAUGAGCUAUCAACUGACUUGAAGAAAAAAUGGGAUAAUUGGUGCUCUCAGAUUUAUCUGUUGAAAGAUUUGACAAUCGAAAGAAAAUAUUUCUCCAUACCAUGGAAGUUGGUGAAAGAAUUAGAACUACACAUAUUUUCUGACGCUUCUCCUAAAGCUUUCGGAGCAGUUGCGUACUUCCGUUACGUGUCAAGUGAUGAUUGUAUUUAUACAAGUUUUAUCACUGCGAAAUCUAGAAUCGCACCGCUUAAAAGGUUGACAUUACCGAGGCUUGAACUUAUGGGAGCUGUUAUUUCUUCUAGACUUUUCCAAUAUUUGAAAACAAAUUUUAAAUUUCCUGUGCCUAGGGUAUAUAUGUGGACAGAUUCCUUAAUCGCUCUUCAUUGGAUUAAAGGGAAAGCUUCAAAAUGGAAACCUUUUGUAUCGAACCGUGUAUCCGAAAUCCAGUCUAGAACUGAUCCUGCUGAUUGGAAUCACUGUAGUGGGCAGGAUAAUCCUGCAGAUUUCAUAUCUCGAGGAGCUACCGUGGAAAAGUUUAUGUCCAGUUCGAUUUGGAUGCAAGGUCCAGAAUGGCUUCGGUUGAAGAAAAGGGAUUGGCCAAAAGGCUCUAAUUAUGAAAUUUCGUCUAGAGAUUUCUCCAGAAGUAUAUUGCGAAAAAAGAAGUAA